AUGGAAGACAUGAAAGGCGUAACGGUCUUGAUAACAGGAUCUACGGCCGGACUUGGUAAGUUUUCCGCAGGUUUCCGAGAAACCAAUCAUUUGAGGUCUUCACACGGCAAAAAGCCUCUAUCUGCGAGGUGCGACGGUCAUAAUCACCUGUAGAGAUGAAGUUUGAAAGAUUCUAAAAAAUGUUGAAAGUGGGAAGAUUCCAGGUGCGUGGACGUCGCGCCCUGGAAGAGAUCAUCACGUUGUCUGCUUCUGACAGAGGAGAUGAAAUCAAGGAUCAAUAUCGCGUCCAUUUAUACUCUGUCGGUUUGCUUAGGAACUCCAGAGUGGUCUCUAGGGGCAACCUUAGGGGUCCUUGGAAGUUCUCUUUAGGAACCACUCUACCAAAUUCUAUAGGGGCCACCAAUGCUUGCGAAAAGUGGUCCCUUAUAGGAACAUGAUAGUCGAUAAUUGUUAUAAACUCUGAGUAAAGAAUCAUUUCCAUAAAAGAAACUGAAAUUCUAAACGUUUUUGAAUGAAAUUGAAAGACCCCUAUGAGGAUCACUCCAGGGCUAAGGGAUCAGACCCUAAACCCCUAUAGGGAAAAACUUAAAUUUCACCACUAUAGGGACCACUUUGGAAUUCCUAAGUGAUUUUUUUUUCUUCUUGAACUUGUCCAGUUUUCCAGUUGGACCUGACCAGUUAUCGAUCGGUCAUCAACUUCACCGAAGAGGUUUCGCGGGAUUUCUCCUCCAUUGACGUCAUCAUCAAUAACGCCGGAGUUAUGGGAAUGGCUUUUGAAGUAAGGCCUUCAUAUAUUGGAGCGAUCAGUAGAAUAUUUCAAACUGAUUCAAACCGAAAAUUUUAUGUGGAAUGAAUUGGAAAAUGAGAAAUAGGACAGCGACUGUUUGAAAAGUAAGGGAUCGUUUUUAUCAUAAUGAGACGAAAAAACUCCUCUUAAGCAGAAUUUUUUGGAUGGUAAAGGUGAUAAUCAUGUAUUUUUCAACAGUUAGUGGGUGAAAAAAAAAGUUUGAACUGUAAAAAAUUCAAAAAGAAUCGAAGUGAAUUUUUGAGAAAUCGUAUCGAAAAGCGAGGAACGCGAAAAAAUAUUAUUUUUUCGCGGAAUUCCAAAUCCCGCCUCUCUCCGUUUUCACGUGUCUGCGUCUCUCUGUUCUCUCAUCGGUGAGGUCAAAGAAAAAUGAAAAUAGAAGGUAAACAAGAGAGGGGCGUUGAGAGAUAAGGAGGGCGCAGAGAAGAUCCCCCUCCCCCUCCCUUUCAAGACGCGAAAACGGACUAUACAUUAGGAAAUUGUAGAUAUUUCGAGAAUGUAGUAGUUUCGAUUCCAAUAAAACUGUCAGAAAGAAAAUGAGUUGUAAUAAACUUUGAAGUUGUCGUCGAACGGAGUGGAGAUGCAUUUUGCGACGAACGUCUUCGGCCACUACGUCAUGAUCAACCGACUUCUGCCGCUGCUGGCAAAAAGUCGCUGGACGGGCGGCGCGCGGAUCGUCGUCGUCUCCUCGGGUCUCUACCGCAACGUAAAGCCGACUGGAAAACGAGCGACACAAAAAUUUCUCAGACGGUCGCGACGCCGUCCGCCAAGCAGUUGAUGGGCGAGAAGCACUGGGAGUACACUUCGCAGCAGGCCUACGCCUUCAGCAAACUCGCCAAUUGUCUUUACACCGUCGCCCUCAACUCGUAGGGUUUUCUAGUCACUAUCGGUGAUCAUUUGUCUUGUUUGUUUGAGAAAAAUCGUUUAUUCGAUUCCAGGGUGAAACAAGAAAGUAGUUUUACUCGUAGCUUUGAAAUUUUCCUUUUCUCCUUGAUAGAUAAUGUGAGAAAGCUGAAAGACCGGGCUUGAACAGCCUUCUAUUUUUCGAGAACUUGUAGUUUUUGAAAUUCAUUUUCCUAUGAGUACUAUGUCGUUGAAAAAAGGCUGCGAAAAAAAGAUGUUUUGUAAUCUUGAUGAUCAGAAUUCGGUCGGCAAAAUAUUGAAAAUGAGUUUCUGCUCAAUUUUUUAGGCUCAUUUCUAAGGCUCCUUCCUGUUAUAGUCCAUUCCGCGCCAGCUUGUCACGAUUUUUGUUUCCCUCCCAGCUAGAGAAUCAUUCGGGAUGUUUCUCUGUCUGCGUUUUUUAUUCGCCCUUAAAUUUCCGUCUUAUUAAAGGCGCAAGCAGAGAUGAUAUCCCGCGCUUCGACGGGAAGGAUUCUCUAGCGCAGAGGAAAACGAAAAUCGUGACAAGCUGGCGCGGAAAGGGCUACAUUCUCUUUUCCGGAAAGUAUUGAACUAAUUUUCAUCAUUUUCUGAGAUUAUUGGCAAGAAGUUGUAGAUUGAUAGCGCGGAAAGAACUCAAAAUCGGCGUCUAUUGCAUGCGGCCAGGCUUCGUUCGGGGAACCGACUUGGGGCGCGAAACACACUGGAUUCUCCGUGCCCUUUCCUAUCCAGCCAUCUGGCUCUUCUCCAAGGACCUCAACGCAGUACGACGCUCCGCUUUGUACGGUCCUUGAUUUGAUCUCUCAGGGAAUCGACACUAUCGUUUACCUGGCAAGCACGGCCAAUGAACAACUUGAAUCAGGAAAGAUGUAUAACGACCGCCGUGUGGAAGAAUACGCCAGCACAGUCGACGAGGUCAGCGAAAUCUCACAUUCCUUCGAACGCUCAUAUUUUAUUUGUGAUGGUCGUAUAAAAUAAGAAAAAUGAAGAAUUGAAUAAUAAUAGUAACUGCGAUGAUAGGAGUGGUGAUGAAAAAGAUUAAGUUGAUUUCUGGCUCUGCAAAAGAUUUUCAUGGCCCUUAGUAAAACGAGUUUUCAGAGUGCGUUCCUUCUUUGUUUGUAAUUUCCUCAAGUUUUUGGCAUUUUUCUUUUUCGCUGGAAAAACAAUUGUUCUAUUUUUAGGGUCAGAGACAUUUUUUUUUUUGGUUUGAGCGAACUUGAAAGCUUUGACAAGUUGAAAAUUAUCUUACCGUAAUAGUUAUUCACGCCUCACAUGAAGCUAAUGAGCUGGCUUGAAAAUUCAAAUAUAGUCUGGUCAGAUUUUGAAUGUCAAAGCAUCGCUCAAACUCCGCCCCUUAUGCGUAGAUCAAAACAAUCGAGCCACCACAGAGUGUUUUUGGGGGCGGUAUUUGAUGCUUGACAUUCAAAAUCCUAACAGACUAUAUACAUAACUCGGAUCUAUUUUUUUCAAAAAUUAUUGGAAUAAUUCUGAAUUCAACUGAAUAUUUUUUUUAUAAACACUUCGUUUUUGAUUUUUUUCUCAAAAAAUGUCACUCACUUUCUAUUAUUAUGGGACCUUCUUUAACCAUUUCUUGAUCCUGAGAAGAAAAAAGAUUAAAUUUAUGAAAAAUGCUCCCUCACGGCUUUAUUUCCGUUGCGCACACGGUUACUGCUGAUGUUGAAAAAGGGAACGUAUAAGUGUUGCUUCUUCUCGAAACGCUCCCACUUUCUUUCCUUCAAAUAGCAGAGAUCAUGUAAUGAAGCACUUUUUCCAUUAUAAUGAGGCUGAAACAAUACUAACUUCGCAAGUGGCUUCUUCAAGAUAUCGUAGAGAUAUACUAUCAAGGAAGCUGUCUGAGCCGCUUUGAUAAGCUGGAUGGUUCUUUUCGGAACAAAGAUAUUUGAGACUUCUCAUCUCGAGGUACUUGAGAUGGUUGCCGUUUCUAGAUUUUUCUUCGAUAUUCAAAGCCGAACCGUUGUCUAAAAAUUGUCAAAGUUUCGGUGCAGGUCUGCAGAAAAAAAAACCAGUGACUAUUUUGACGAUGUGAUCGAAUGCCGUGAUUUUAAUGCAUUCUUCCGAAAUGAUUGUAAGACUGCCUAUCAAAGUGCGAACUGCCGGUAGCCACAGGUUGUCAUAGGAUAUGGAGGUCGUGCAUGUCACGUUGAACACGUAGUCCCCAUAAAUGCAUGGGGUUCCUGUUUCAGGACCUGCCGAUGUGUAGUAUUUCUGGGGCAGUUCCUUGCACGCUGAAGAUUUCUCAUUUCUGUCACUAACUUCAGAGAUAAAUUCUAAAAUUUCAUGAGAAGUUUUACCGGUGGAUCUAUUCAGCCUAGUUUUUCAAAAAAGGAGAUGAAUAUUUUUGGAAAAUCUUUCGCUUCGAAAUUUUUUUUUCAAAACUUGAAACUCUAUGAUAAUGAGCUCUGACAGGGGGCGCCAAAAGAUCGCCACAACUAUUUCUCUGACACACACUAUUUCGUCGUUAUCUAGCUGCGAGAAAACGACGAAAUAGUGUAGGUCAGAGAAAGAGCUCCAUUUAAGAGAAGGUUCAAUCACAUACUUUCUCUUGCUUGAGAAAACCGCUGCUUGGAGAAUGAAGAGAGUAACGGCAGACAACGCCUUUGACCUCAUUAGAAAUUAUUACUUUUCACGCUUUUAUUAAUUUUCUUCAUACUUUUAUUUUUUUUGAGAUUAUUAUUUCUGAGGCGCUCAAUGAGACUUUUUCAGAAUUCGGCCCGGAAUCUCUGCGCGACUCUUUUCUACAUUGAAGAAAUGAUUUGGAAACGCGACCAGUCGCUCACGGAAACCGAAAUCGAAGCUUCGAAGGCCGCCCGCGAAUAUUUGAUUUCUGUUUGAAGCAGGCUCUCUGAUUUCUUUCCUAAUAAGCUUUUUUAAGCUGAAGGGUGCUUUGAAUUUCUCCAAAUUGUCAUGAAGAAUUUCCUGAAUUUUUGCUUGUCACCUUGUUCAUUUUGAGCGGAAACUCUGAAUUUUUCUUUAUUUAUCUUUAGCGAGUCCAGUUCCCCUGGAUUGACUAGAUUUGUAAAUCUUAAUAUAUCAAAGUUUUACGUGUAGCCCUGUCUAUUAUUAAACCGAGUGAUUUUCAAUAUUUGUAUUUAUUUUUCCAUAAUCUUCUAUUUUCAGUAAAUAUUGUACAGCUAGCCGAUUUUCAGUGUAUGCAUGGGGUCAGUGAGAAGCCGCCCAUAUAUCUUAACAAGAAGAAAAAAAUAAGGGACGAAAAAAUUCAAGGAUAUGGAAGACGAGCUGUCGACACUGAUCCCAGAAGCGCCAUCUAUACGAACAUCAACGAGUCGCCGGAAUUUUGUCGGCUUCUGGUGUGUUUGUGUGUGUCUUUUCUUCAGCUAUUCUUCAUCUAGGCUCCUCGGAUUAUGUAACAAUUUCGCCUACGUCAUCAUGCUGAGUGCGGCGAAAGACAUUCUCGAUUCUGGAGAGGUCCCUGGAAACAGCACCAAUGUACAGUGCAGGGUGAGGCUUACAGUACUUCGAAUUCAUUUAAAAAAACCGUCACCCAAAGGUUUUAAAAAGAUAGUUUUGGGACCCAAAAGGGCAUGGCCUGUCUGCGCACUCCAAUGACAAGGCACUGUCUCUUUCCUUAUCGUGUCAGAACCCUUUUUUGCAAUGGCUCAAGCCAGCCGUGAAUCAGCUAUACUCAAAAGGCCAAGUUUUUGAUGAAAAAUGGUACCUAAAGUGAAUUUUGCAAGAAAAAAGUCCCAUUAGACCUUAUCAAACCAAAAAUGAUGAAAUGGAAGAAUUCCAAGCGCAGUCCCAACCACUUGGCGAACUCGAAAACAUUAUUGAAUUGAAGUUUUUUUCCUGCUGCACAAGCGAAAUGACAACUUUGUGCAAUCUUAGGAAUUUCAGAGUGGUCCCUGUAGGGGUUGGGGGAAAUAUAGGGGAAAAGUUGAGGCAAUCCCUAUAGGGUUGAGAGCCCGACCCAUAGCCCCUAAAGCUUAAGUGGCCCAUAGCCCCUAAAGCUUAAGUGGCCCAUAGCCCCUAAAGCUUAAGUGGUCCAUAGCCCCUAAAGCUUAAGUGGCCCAUAGCCCCUAAAGCUUAAGUGGCCCAUAGCCCCUAAAGCUUAAGUGGCCCAUAGCCCCUAAAGCUUAAGUGGCCCAUAGCCCCUAAAGCUUAAGUGGACCCUAAGGUUGCCCCUUUAGAGACCACUCUGGAGGUCCUAAGAAUUUUUAAAGUUUGAACAACUUCCAAAGAAAAUAAUUACAGGAACACAUCGUGAGCCGAGAAUGCCAGCCCAUCUCCACUGGCUCUGUCCUGCUUGCUGACAUCAUCCCUGCGCUUGUAGUCAAAGUCUCCGCCCCUUUCUUCAUCCACGUCUUCCCUUUUGGGUUUUUCCAAGAAAGCUUUUCAAGAACUGUAUCCAGCUGUUAAGAGUGCGACAUCUGAUCGUCGUCUUUCUCCAAUCCGCCAGUUUUGCCUUGGUUGGCUUGAGUAGUUCUACGGGAGUCGCCCUUCUAGGUAGGCCGGAUCCCCUCUUCCUUCGGGCUUAACGGAGAGUGUUAGGAGUCGUUCUGGCGAGCGCUGGUAGCGGCUUGGGAGAAAUUUCCUACCUCGCUCUGACGUCACAUUUCGAUGGGUUUCUUUUUCUUUCAUUUAUUGGAAGGCCUCUCAAAUCGAAUUCAUAAGGGAGAAAACAUAGUUAUGGUAUUGAAAAGGUGAAUGGAGCUUUUGAAAGUCUCUACCUGCAAAAAUUCCUAUUUUUCCGAAAAUAAGUACUUAAAGCCCCAAAAAAAGCUAAUUUUAACGGGUUUUGAGGUUUUCUUUUCCAAAAACUGAGAAGUUGUGCAAAUUCAGACUUCUAAGGCGUUUUCCAGGUACAUCAAUAAGUGAUCUGGUCAAUUUUCACAAAAAUCCCAAACGCAUGAAAUUUGUUCAUAUGUUCUGAAGCUCAUUUUCGAAUAUCGAAUCUGGACUAGAAGAACCCCUCAAAUUUUCAAUUUUCGGUUUUUUUUACUCGCUAUCUAGAUAAUCCGUCUCUUGAAGCGAAGAGAUUUGCAGUUCGGUCAUUUCCUCCUGGGCGUCUGGGGACCGGCGGAGCUGGCGUCUUUGGAGCCUUGUUCUACGCUCUGCUCACGGAUCCGCUACUGCUCGACGUCUCCCCGAAAAACGCCAUGUUCGUCAUGUUGCUCUUGCCGGCUCUCUUCUCGUUCACGUGAGCUUGUCUGGAACCGCUCAUUCGACCUUUCCUACAGAUAUUGGAAAGUUCUGACGAUGCCGAGUACGGUGCACCAAGUCGACUUCCGGGACUUGCGAUCUUUUGUCGUAUCUAGAGGUUUUGACAAGAGAAAAAAAAAUUAAAUAAACCUUUUUUUUCGAGAUCUUGGCCGCCGAGGUUUAACGGAUGAAACCGACACUUUGCUGGCUGGCGACGAGUUCGACGAUGAAUUGGGUCCUGGAGGUGAUACGCUGUCUGACUCGAAUAUUUAUUUCGCAAAAAUCUAUUCUUCCUCUCCUCAGUGGUCUGCACUCUCUUACCCCUCACCGACUUGGGAAAAAACUCCAAAGUGGUCCCUAUAGGAGCCACUAAAGCUCGCAAAAGUGGUCUCUAUAGGGUUUUAGUUAGUGGCCUCUAUAGGGGACAUAAAUUUAUGCGAAGAAGCAUUUCCAUGUAAAAACUAAAAUAAAAACAUUUUUGAAUGAAAUUGAAAGACCCCUAUAGGGACCACUUAUGCUUUCGGGGCCAAGGGGCAGACCCUAAACCCCUAUAGUUACCACCUUGGCUCUGCCCCUAUAAUAAUCAACUUUUCAGUCCCUAAGAGACUGUACCUUCCCUAAACCCUAUAGGGACCACUCUAAAAUUCCUGAGAUUCACUUCUAUAGUCUGUGUACCACGACUUGGAAUUUCACGGAACAACAUUCCGCUGUGCCGCUUUGCGAACUUUGGUCGCGCUUACAUUAUUUUUUUUCUUUUUUAAGGUACUCUACUUCCAUAAGCUCCCAGAGCAAUAACGAUAAAUUGAAAACGUGACCUAGAUUCGAAAAACGCUUCGCGAACGCACGCAGCGAAACAGCGGAAUCUCGUUCCGUGAAAUUUCAAGUCGUGGCACACAGACUAUAAUCAAAAUCCGAAAUCAUACCGCCGCGAUUACAGAAGAAAGAGUUCACGAACUAAGUUACCACCAGAAGACCCGCUUGCUCCUGCGCCUUCUGAAGUACAUGCUGCCCUUGACAAUAGUCUAUUUCGGAGAGUACUUUAUCAAUCAGGGCUUGGUGCGUUGAUGGCACCGAAACUCAUAAGCUCGCUCUUUCCAGAUGGAACUUCUCGAGUUUGACUGCUCUCAUGGAUUCGGUCUAGGCUCCAACAGUCAGUAUCGUUGGUUCCAGGUGCUGGAUCAUCCUAGUCAUGGAAAAGAAACUUUUCUCAGGUAACCUAUCAGCUAGGAGUUUUCGUCUCGCGCUCUUCUUCCCAGUACUUCACCAUUCCGUCCUCGGUGCUGCCUCUGCUCGCCACGCUCCAAGUGAGCGAAGUUUUUUGGAAAAGUACACCUGAUUCAGCUCACCAACGGAGCUGUGUUCACAUCAGCCGCUUUAUACUUCUUCCUGCCCCACAUUUUGGUCGCUUUCGCUCUGAUCUUCUACGAAGGGCUCCUAGGAGGCGCCGCCUACGUCAACACUUUCAGAGCCGUCCAUAGCGAGGUGGGAAACCUGAGAUUCAGUUAGACUUCCUCUGAUAAUUUUGCGAAAAGUUCAGAUCCCGAUGGCACAACGAGAGUUCAGCAUGGGAUUUGUGUCGAUUUCGGACACAAUCGGAAUCGUUUUUGCUGGAUUUCUUGCCAUUCCCGCUCACAACAUUAUUUGUCGUCAAAAACUCUUUAUUUAA